ACGGUGAGUAUACUGUUUGUCUGGCUGGCAUUCUGCUUCUUCCAGAAUUCUCUGAAACCUCUCAAAAACCCACGAGACAUUCCUCCAUCUCUCUCUCUCUCUCUCGCGCGCCUCUGCUACAAACCCUAAUUUCAUUAAAGCUAAAAUGAUGUCGGAAUCUCUAAAACAAUGACACACAAAACCACCCUGAAUUCACUCCAUGCCUUAGAAUCUUGCACAUUUCAGCUCCAUAGCUGGAAACCCUUUCAGCUGCAAACCCUAACCAAAACCCUAGAGUCUGAUCUCUGCAAUUCAAAACCCUACUCUUCUUCGGCCUCGAACACCGGCAAUGGCGCUCAUAGCAAGAGGCCCUGCCUCUCCGAUCGAGCCACCGCUUUUUCGAUCGACAGUCUCGACAUGUCCAAGCUAAGUUUAUUUGAAGACGAGAGGACGCCUGGGGCACGGCCUCAUAAGAGGGAUAAUUUCCGGUGGAUCGCCCGUAAAAGGAGGCGUAGAGGGUCCCGAUCGGUCUCCGGCCGCAGCAGCGACAAGAGCGGUACCCGCCGAUGCUGCUCCGUUGGAGCGUCGGCAGCUUAUGCCACGUGCUCUGAUUUCCAUGUUGCGGUGGGGACGGAUUCCAGUGGAGAGUUGUUUCUGAAUGGGGAUGCCUAUUGGUAUUCGGACAUUAGCGAGGCGAGGAAUUCCAGGAGGGAAGGGAGGGAUGCUGGGGGAGGUGAGCGGGACAAUUUGGGUUCUAGUUCUUGGCAAAUUGGGGCCUUUGAUGCUCAAGGGAAUGAAUCUGGCUAUGGGAGUGAGCCAGGUUAUAGAGGAGAUGCAGAAUUCGGCUAUGGCGAUGAGCUCGACGAGGAAGAGGACGAAGGAAGGCUGUUGUUUUGGGGUGAUCGAUUUGGAGAUUAUGAUAUGGAGAUGGUUGGGGAAAACACAUUCUCAGAGCAAAAAGUUCAUCACAGGUGCAGGCGUAAGAAGCAGUAAGAAUGAUUGAUUCAAGUUGAUGAAAUCUACAUGUCAAAGUGGUUCCACUGUAUUAUCAGGUGCUCACUCCUUCAGCAAGGAUCGGUGGUUGCUGGAAUUUUCACUGUGCUGAACAUAUUUAUUAAUCUGCACAGUGCCCUCUCUAAGUCUUGCCUUAAUGCAGCAUUUGUGAGCCUUUUUUUUAGUAAGCAAUGUAUCAUUUGUGUACUGCCUUUGUUGUUUGUUCCAUUUCUCUGGAUUUGGUUGGCUUAUAAUGGAUUGAUUGUAUUCUUUAAAAAUCAAUUGGGUUAUAUGAUUCUCACUUGUUUCUCAA